AUGUAUACAGGAGGGGGCUUAGAGUGGUGUUGUGGAGAGGAGUGGCUAACCAGCGUCAACAAAACCUGGAGCAAACUCGACGCCAGGGGACACAGUGAGCUCCCAUCCGUCAGCUCCCAUCCGUCAGCCUCCAUCCGUCAGCUCCCAUCCGUCAGCUCCCAUCCGUCAGCCCCCAUCCGUCAGCCCCCAUCCGUCAUCCGCAGCUCCCAUCCGUCAGCUCCCAUCCGUCAGCCUCCAUCCGUCAGCUCCCAUCCGUCAGCUCCCAUCCGUCAGCCUCCAUCCGUCAGCCUCCCAUCCGUCAGCCUCCAUCCGUCAGCCUCCAUCCGUCAGCUCCCGUCAGCCUCCAUCAGCAGCUCCAUCCGUCAGCUCCAUCCGUCAGCCUCCAUCCGUCAGCUCCAUCCGUCAGCUCCCAUCCGUCAGCCUCCAUCCGUCAGCCUCCCAUCCGUCAGCCUCCAGCCUCCAUCCGUCAGCCUCCAUCCGUCAGCCUCCAUCCGUCAGCCUCCCAUCCGUCAGCUCCCAUCCGUCAGCUCCCAUCCGUCAGCUCCCAUCCGUCAGCUCCAUCCGUCAGCCUCCAUCCGUCAGCCUCCAUCCGCUCCCAUCCGUCAGCUCCAUCCGUCAGCCUCCAUCCGUCAGCUCCAUCCGCUCCCAGCUCCCAUCCGUCAGCUCCCAUCCGCCUCCGUACAUCCGUCAUCCGUCAGCUCCCAUCCGUCAGCCUCCAUCCGUCAGCCUCCAUCCGUCAGCUCCCAUCCGUCAGCUCCAUCCGUCAGCUCCCAUCCGUCAGCUCCCAUCCGUCAGCUCCCAUCAUCCGUCAGCUCCCCCAUCCAGCGUCAGCUCCCAUCCGUCAGCCUCCAUCCGUCAGCUCCCAUCCGUCAGCCUCCCAUCCGUCAGCUCCCAUCCGUCAGCCUCCCAUCCGUCAGCUCCCAUCCGUCAGCUCCCAUCCGUCAGCUCCCAUCCAUCCAUCAGUCAGCUCCCAUCCAUCAGCCUCCAUCCGUCCUCCCAUCCGUCAGCUCCCAUCCGUCAGCCCCAUCCCCCAUCAGCCUCCAUCCCAUCCGUCAGCUCCCCAUCCAUCAGCUCCCAUCCCUCCAUCCGUCAGCCUCCCAUCCAUCCAUCCGUCAGCCUCCAUCCGUCAGCUCCCAUCCGUCAGCCUCCAUCCGCCUCCAGCUCUCCAUCCGUCAGCUCCCAUCCAUCAGCCUCCAUCCGUCAGCUCCCAUCCGUCAGCUCCCAUCCAUCAGCCUCCAUCAGUCAGCUCCCAUCCGUCAGCCUCCAUCCGUCAGCCCCCAUCCAUCAGCCUCCAUCAGUCAGCUCCCAUCAGUCAGAUUUGUAUGUUUUUUGGGGGGUUCAAGCUUGUAUGUGCUGAUAUUGAGUUUUUACCUGCCAAGUUUUAUUGUUCUGUAA